AUGAGAUGACAUCCAUUCCAGUAACUGUAUAUAAGAAAAGCUCCACGUUCAGAGCAACACUAACAACCUCCUUGACCGUCUGCGAGACAAUCUGCUGAAGUUGUGAAGACUUGAAGGUGUGAUCACUGUAACCAUGCUGAAGGUAGUAUUUGUGCUUGGAUGCCUCCUGAGCUACGCUCUGGCUCAGUCUACGGAUAUGGAGCACAAACGACUUGCUCGGUCAAACUCCGACUCAAACUCCAAUGAGCGUAUAUACCGGCCACGUCCUCCGGUGUAUAUGCCUCCUCAGGUGAUUAUGCCACCUACGGUGGUUAUGCCACCUCCGGUGGUUAUGCCUCCUCAGGUGGUUAAUCCUCCUCCAGUGGUUAUGCCUCCUCCGGUGGUUAAUCCUCCUCCAGUGGUUACGCCACCUACGGUGCCUAUCCCACAGUGGAUCAAGAACAUACUUGCCUUCUUCCAAUAAACUACUA